AUGCAAGAUGGGAUCCGCACCCCAUUGCAAACCGACCCAGAACCAGGAUCCCCUAAAACCCAGGCGAGGGCGAACCAGAGCAGACACGAAGAGCCCAACGCUGAUGCCGCGGAUACCCCCUUCCUCCAGGCAUCACUGGUCAGGGCCACCCGGGACCCCCCCCCAAAAAACAACCCGGGGCAAGCACAGAAAAGGAGGGGCACAGAGUCUCACACAGGGGAGAAGGGGGCCAUCAGGACGCUGGUGCCCGUGCAGCUGAUGGUGUCGCUGGCGCAGCUCAUCAGCGUGCACGAGCGGGAGCAGAUCAUGACCACCAACGUCUGGCUGACCCAGGAGUGGGAGGACUACCGCCUCACCUGGAAGCCAGAGGACUUUGACAACAUGAAGAAGGUCCGCCUGCCCUCCAAGCACAUCUGGCUGCCUGAUGUGGUGCUCUACAACAAUGCCGAUGGGAUGUACGAGGUCUCCUUCUACUCCAACGCGGUGAUCUCCUACGAUGGCAGCAUCUUCUGGCUGCCGCCGGCCAUCUACAAGAGCGCGUGCAAGAUUGAGGUGAAGCAUUUCCCCUUCGACCAGCAGAACUGCACCAUGAAGUUCCGCUCCUGGACCUACGACCGCACUGAGAUCGACCUGGUGCUGAAGAGCGAGGUGGCCAGCCUGGAUGACUUCACGCCCAGCGGCGAGUGGGACAUCGUGGCACUCCCGGGACGGCGCAAUGAGAACCCUGACGACUCCACCUAUGUGGACAUCACCUACGACUUCAUCAUCCGGCGCAAGCCACUCUUCUAUACCAUCAACCUCAUCAUCCCCUGCAUCCUCAUCACCUCCCUGGCCAUCCUUGUCUUCUACCUGCCAUCCGACUGCGGCGAGAAGAUGACGCUCUGUAUCUCUGUCCUGCUCGCCCUCACCGUCUUCCUGCUGCUCAUCUCCAAGAUCGUGCCGCCCACCUCGCUGGAUGUGCCACUGGUGGGCAAGUACCUCAUGUUCACCAUGGUGCUGGUGACCUUCUCCAUCGUCACCAGUGUCUGCGUCCUCAACGUGCACCACCGCUCGCCCACCACGCACACCAUGCCGCCCUGGGUCCGCACCCUCUUCCUCCACAAGCUCCCGGCGCUGCUUUUCAUGAAGCAGCCGCGGCAGAACUGCGCGCGCCAGCGCCUGCGCCAGCGCCGGCACACCCAGGAGCGCACUGCUACCGCCACCCUCUUCCUCCGGGCCGGCACCCGCACCUGCGCCUGCUAUGCCAACCCCGGUGCUGCCAAGGCUGAGGGGCUCAAUGGCUACCGGGAGCGGCAGGGGCAGGCGCCCCCGCCCCCCCCGCACCCCCCCCAAUUUGUGGAUGGCGUGCGCUUCAUCGCCGACCACAUGCGCAGCGAGGACGACGACCAGAGCGUGAGCGAGGACUGGAAGUACGUGGCCAUGGUCAUCGACCGCCUCUUCUUGUGGAUCUUCGUCUUCGUCUGCGUCUUCGGCACCGUCGGCAUGUUCCUCCAGCCCCUCUUCCAGAACUACGCCACCAACUCCCUGCUGGAGCUUGGCCAGGGCACCCCCACCUCCAAAUAGCGCCAGGGUGGCCGCCCGUCCGCCCUCCCCGCCGGCCCCAGGGACAGCGAGGGACUGCAGGCUCCGCACCCUCUCCCCACCGCCGAGCUGGGGCCGGAGAGCCAGGUGCUGGGCUCCAGGCGGCCACUGCAAACCA